CUAUUCCCAGUUCUUCUCAGAUAAGGCUAAUACCUAACAAUAAAUUAGUCAUUGAUACAUCCGAUUAGUUUUUCUCAGAAAGAAAAUCAAACUGGUUGAAUCUGAAGUGGGGUUUGAUCGAUCUUGGAAUAUUGGAUUGAAAUGGAUAGUACAACAGUAUCAGCUCAAGGACCAACUUCACCAGCUGAGGAACUGCUAAAGAAGAUCCAAGAACUGGAGGCAGAUCAUGCUCAAUUGAAGCAGGAGAUGUCUAAGCUCAUGAUUACUUACGAUUACAGGUCACAACAGCCGCCUCGUUGUAGGGCUGGUGGUGGUUUUGAUGGUGGUGCUGCCGCUGCCUCGUUAGAGUUGUACGAUCACAGGUCAACUUAUUUCAGGCAUUUGUCACCAUUGGAAAGAGAGAGUAGUACUGAUGGCCAUGCUGCAGUGAAGUUUACUGAUAGACACUAUUUGAAUAUAUUAGAUUCAAUGGGACAAACAUUGUGUUAGGAUUUGCCUGAAUUUCUAAUCUAUUAGGACUUUCUUUCUUGAAGGAAUGGAAAAAGACUCCUAAAAGGAUUAGAUCUCCUUAAUAUGUCAUCUUUUCUUGGAAGACAAGUUUUGCACAUGUAUAAAUUAAGUAUCUUGUUUAGCGGGAGAUUUUUCUCUCGAUAGUUUUUCUUUCUUUUAUAUUAGUUUUAUCAUAUGUAGAUCAAUUAACCAAACCAUUAUAAAUUAUUAUGCUUAGUUUAGUAUAUUUUUCUUU